GGCCGGCAUACAACGCACGAUAAUUGAUACACUCAUCUCUUCCGUCCCGCAUCCGUCGUUGACGCACACCUCGACAUGCGACGAGAUGUCAGAAUACUUCUCGUCGGCGAUGAGGGCGUCGGAAAGAGCACUAUAGUGACCUCUCUUAUAAAAGAGUCAUAUGUGGCGCAUGUUCAACAUAUCGUUCCGGAGGUGACAAUACCUCCAGAGGUUACCCCGGAAAAUGUAACUACGUAUAUUGUUGAUUCGGGAGCUGGGCCACAGGAUCGGUCACAUCUCGAGGCAGAAAUACGAAAGGCACAUGUUAUUUGUGUUGUAUACUCUAUUGACAACCCCAACUCCUUCGAUCGAAUACCGACCUAUUGGCUGCCUCAUUUUCGACAGCUCGGUGUAAAUGUUCCUGUCAUUUUGGUCGGCAACAAAAUUGAUUUGCGCGGUGGUGAGGUGACGAAUGAGGCUUUAGAGGACGAAAUCAUUCCCAUUAUGAAUGAAUUCAAGGAAGUAGAGACAUGCGUGGAAUGUUCGGCCAAGAUGCCAUUGAACGUAUCUGAGGUCUUCUACUUUGCUCAGAAGGCUGUUCUUCAUCCCACGGCUCCUCUCUACGAUUCUAGAGAUCACGUCCUAAAACCCGCCUGCGUCAAAGCUCUCAGGCGAAUAUUCAAACUGUGUGAUACAGACAAAGAUGGAAUUUUGGAUCCUGCAGAGCUCAACGAAUUCCAGCGGAAAUGUUUCGACGCACCCCUGCAACUUCAAGAAUUAGAAGGAAUAAGGGAGAUGGUUCGGGAACACGCUGAAGGUGGUGUCCGUGAUGGAGGCCUCACUGAAGACGGUUUUCUGUAUCUGCAUACGAUAUUCAUUCAGCGUGGUCGACUCGAAACAACGUGGACAGUGCUCCGAAAGUUUGGGUACGCAGAAGACCUUCGUCUCACAGAAGCUUUCCUGUCACCCAAGUUUGAUGUUUCUCCGGACUGUUCUGUCGAACUGAGUCCGUUGGGCUAUCAGUUUCUUACUGACCUCUUUGAAACGUGUGACAAGGAUCAAGAUGGCGCUCUCAAAUCGUCUGAAUUGGAAGCCGUAUUCAGUACAACACCGGGUAAUCCAUGGGCAACACAGAGAUUUCCAGACACCACUCUUACUGAUGAUACCGGUGCUGUCACUCUGCAAGGUUGGCUGGCUCAAUGGAGCAUGACAACCCUUCUCGACCAUAAAACAACAUUGGCAUACCUUGCUUACCUCGGCUAUCCUGAUGAACCACGUACAAGUGCCUUGCAGAUAACCCGGGCACGAAAAAUUGAUCGGCGGAAAGGAAAAGUUUUGAGAAAUGUCUUCCUGUGUUUUCUUUGUGGUGCCGCAGGCUGUGGAAAGACUUCGUUGCUGAGGGCAUUCAUUGGGAAACCAUUUCGUGAAACCUACGAACCGACAACAAAGCCUAUUAGUGUAGUCAAUGCAGUUGAUAUUGACGGAUCGGAGAAAUACCUUGUGUUGCAGGAGUUUGGUUCCAAAUAUGAGGCGGAAACGCUUCGGAAUUCAAAGAAAACAGAUUUGGUAGAUGUUAUUGUCUAUGUCCAUGAUUCAAGCGACACAAAUUCGUUUUCGUAUAUCAGCAAUCUUCGGCAACAGUACAGUCUUGACCAUAUACCAACUUUAUUUGUAGCCACAAAAUCUGACCUGGAUUUGGCCCAACAGCGACAUGAAGUCCAACCAGACGUGUAUUGCAGACGACUGGGACUUCAAGUACCCGUUUCUGUCAGUGUCAAAACCGGCCAGAUCGCGGACGUGUACCAUGCCGUGUGCGGUAUUGCCAUGAAUCCGUAUAAAUCGAUUCCAGGGGGCGCUGACCGUGCGCUGUCGUCAACUGCGAGGCUAAGAAUGAUUGUUACGUUCACCGCCUUGCUAGGUGGAUGUACGGCAGGUCUGGUGAUGAUGUAUCGGAAUCUUCUUCGCCCAGCUGGGUUUCCUCAGUGGGCGACACACUGGGCAACUUGGUUGCUGGGUAGACGGGGGAGCUGAGAGAUAUAUAAUUAAUUGUCUAAUAAAGAUUUAAUUGCUCAGUACGAGUGUC